AUGUACGUCCAUUCACCUUCAGUAUCCGUACAAUUGGAUGAGGUCACGGUUGAUGACGAGGAGUCGAAGCAAAUGAGUGAGUUGAAUGAGAGAGUGAAAUUGGAAAGUGAAAAAGUCGCAUCGAUGAAAGACGAGAACAUCGUUUUGCAGCGAAAUCUUCUCACAAAUAGAGAAGAGCUGGAAACGUGGAAGAGUAAACUGGAGCGAAUUGAUGAUGAAGACUUGUAUCAGUUUAGCGAUGAGCAACGCAAUGCGAUUCUGAUUGAGACGAGACGAUUGAAAAAUUUGAACACAAAUAUCAAAAAGAGAAUACGAGAAAUACAAAAG